UUUAAAUAAAAGCGACUCUGGCUGGCCGCACUGUGUAGCACUCUGCGACAAGCAUUGUUGCUGAUGGAGUCUGACCAUGGAUGAGGAGGUCGACCUUGACCCUGAAAAUGUGAACUCGGUCUUGGCUCAGGAAUAUUUAGAACUUUUCCACAUUCUCAGCAGUCAGUCGCCCUCAGUCAUAAUGGCGCUGUGUCACAUGAUUCCUGCUGAAGCUCGGUGCCAAAACCAGCUGGACCCCACAAGCUCUUGUGCAGCAGGACCAGAGCUCAUCAAAACCAUGUUGGACUACUUCAGGUCAGCCAGUGCUGGAGAAUGCCAGAACUUCCUUCAGAGUGUGUGCUUCUCAUGUGAGAACAUCCCCAUGCGCCUGGAGUCCAGGCUCAUGUCAGUGGCAGGAUAUGAAACCACUGAUGGUAUACAGUCUCUGGCCACUGAGAACGUGUCUCUGGGAAACACAGACAGUUGUGAAAAUUCUGGCCCUGCUGUAACGGAUCACGACUCAUCACCAACAUCAUCAGAGCAGCAGCUCAGCAAGCGCCCAAGGAUUGAUCACUGGGAGCAGUACAUCGCUGCAGCGGGGAGUUUCUUGCUGAGGAAGUGGGAGCGGCUCAAAGAUGGCCUGGUGAGGGAGGUCCAGCUGGAAAACGUAUGGGUCAGCCUGAGAACUGCAAACAGAAGCAGGGACAGACCUGAUCAAACUCCUGCCUCAGCAGACAGAGGGGGCAGAACACCAGAGCCUGAUGGGGAUUAUGGGUUUCUGGAGUCCAGAGUGACUUUGGAGACGUUCCUCCAGGGAUGUGUGGGAAAAGUGACAGUUCUAGUCGGCCAGACUGGAUCAGGAAAAACUCUCCUAUCGUCUUAUCUAGGACAGCAAUGGGCUAAUGGACUAGGUCCUAUACCUUCGUCCUUCAUGUUUGUCCUGCUGGAGUUUCGUCAGCUUAAUCUACUGUCGCGCCCUCUGUCCCUGUCAGAGCUGCUGUUCCAAUCCUACCUCCCCCCAACUGGCGGAGAAGAUGCAAAGAAAGCCAUUAUGGACUACCUCCUUACCAAUCCAGAGCAAAGCUGUUGGGUACUGGAUGGCUAUGAUGAGUUUUACAGCAAACUGAGCAGACAGGAAGUACAGAGGGUACCGUUGGACUUGGAAAAUCCUCUGCCUGUUGUAGACCUCAUCUCAGGGUUGCUAAAUCACCAGCUCCUUCCAGGAAGCACCGUGCUGGUCACCUGCCGUGUGCGGGAUCUUAUAGAUUUCGAUGGCAUAUCGGAUAAAGUAGGCCAGCUGCUGGGUUGGGACCACCAUGAGAUCAAGGAGUAUGUAAACAACUUCUUUGGUGCCAAAGCAGAUGCAGCUCUGAGAGAGCAGGCAGCACAGCUUCUUAUCUCCAAUCGACACCUCCUUGAUAUGUCUUCCAUCCCUGCCCUCUGCAAUAUCUGCUGCAUCUGUCUUGAGCAUUUACUGCUGCAGUGGAGAAACAAAGAUACGGGCAGAGCACAGAUACCAGAAGAAAAAGGAAGUAAGGCAAAGACAAACACUCAGGAAGCAGAAGAAGGAGUGCAGAUGUCAAGAGAAGGAAGAGUGGAAGAGGGCAAUAGAGGAGGAAAUCUUGCACAAACGAAACAAGAUGGAAAAAGAAAAGGAAGCAAAGAUGUGAUAAUGGAUGGAACAAAUGGCAGAGCCCAGCUACCUCCCACUUCACCCCAAAUCCCCACCACCCUCACUCAGGUCUACCUCACUGUUCUGGGCUCAUUUCUUCACCGUGACCCUAAUCAAGGUGGAAGAGAUAGCAGGCCAAAAGCUAAAAGCUUUCCUCAAAGUGCUGUGACCACACUGACCAUUCUGAGUCAGUAUCAGUCUCAGCUGUGUGAGCUGAGUCAACUGGCUUGGAGAGGCUUAGAGGAAAGCAAGAUAGUCUUUUUGAAAAGAGAAAUUCCACAGGAUGUUUUAGAGUUUUCAGUGAGGACGGGACUCCUCUCGCAGGUGGAGCUCAGACAUCAGGAUGGGAUGCUUGUUGAUGCCUACUGCUUCAUUCAUCUGACAGUGCAGGAGUUCCUAGCUGCACUAAGAAUCAUGACUAGUAAUGAUGUUACUGACGCACAGCUGAAGAAGAGAUUCAGUCUGAAAACUCGCUGGACAACCAAAUCAGACCAGAAGACGGUGUUCACUGACUCCCUGUACCUCUAUGUAUGCGGUCUGGCAUCCUCACAAUGCGCCCCAGCCCUGGUUCAGUUAGCCAAGGUUGCUGGUAGACCAGGACUCCAAAGUUGGGUACAGAAACGACAAGACCUCGUUCUGAAACUGCUCAAAACCAUGUGUAACAGCAACACUCUGACCGGACCAAAGAUACUGCAGCUUUGCCACUGUGUGCAGGAGAGCCAGAACCAGCAACUGGCCAAGCAGGUUGUGAGUGUGAGACCCACACUGGAGCUACGCAACAUCUGGCUGUCACCAAAUGAUAUUGAUGCUCUGGCUUUUGUAGUAAAUUCAGCUGAUUCUGAUGGCAUUGGUUUGGACUUUGGAGCAUGCUCCAUGGAGCUCGAGUGUUUAGAAGUUCUGGCCAGGUGUCGGCGUAUUCAUUGUCUCAGUUUUCACAGCCGCAAGUAUGGAGACAAGUUUGCUGAGAAGUUGUCAUCUGUUUUGCAUGAAUUCACAACCCUGAGAAAGCUAGAGUUUUCUGUUGCCAGUCUGACUGCUGCAGGAGCAGCUAGCUUGGCCUCUGGUCUGCAGAAGUGUCCAGAAAUCACUGAAAUCAACCUAAGUGACAACAGUAUGAAAGAUGAAGGAAUCAGCCAUAUUGCUGGGAUUUUUACCAAACUACCAAACCUUUCCACUAUAAUGCUGGGACGAAACAGCACAACCCUGAAUGCGGCAGACUGUCUCAUCGAGACAAUGUCUUCAUGUUUGAACAUUCAGCAUAUUCAUGCAGAAGGGAACAAAGAAUUGACAGUAAAGUUCUUCCAAAAGUCAGAUAUGAACAGCCAUAAAUUUAAGUCUGAACCAACAAUCAGCUUGCUGAACCAGAAAUGGAGCAAGUCUGAGAUGCAGAAACUUGCCAAGUCCUUGGCUCGAUGCCGUGCCCUGUCUGUCCUAGAUCUGUCUGGAGGCCAGUGGGACGAAGAAAUUUUAAAGACACUGACUCAGUUUUUGCUGAAAAAAACUGAUAAGAUCACUGAAAAGAUCAUCAUGAAUGACAGCUGCUCAUCAGUGGAGUGUUUGGUGGUUCUGACGGCUCUGCUGUCUGAUCAUCCCGCUGUGAUGGAGCUUCACAUCAGAUUACAGGAUCCUGUUCAGGCUUCUGUUGUGUUCUCCAGAGGGAGCGAAAAACCUGCAAAUGAAAUAUCUAAAACUCUCUGCCUCAGCUACUGCAGUCUGAAUCCUGCUGACCUGGAAAGAGUGUGGAGAAGUCUGGGAACCUCGUCUGAUCUCACCGUGCUGGAUUUGUCCAGUAACUGUUUAGGCAACAAAGGUCUGAAAAAGCUGCUGGAUGUCCUGCCUCAUCUUGGCAAAAUAAAAGAAAUUAACGCCAGUAACAAUGACAUCAGCAUGGAAGGUGUGGUGAUGCUGGCUAGUGCUUUACGCUCCCAUAGCAGCUUAACACAAAUUCAUGUCAGUGGUGGAGGCAAAGAGGAAGUCAGUCUGAAGUUCUGCCCUGGUGAAAGUGAUGACAAACAACAGCCAAAGCUAUUCCGAGUGAACAACAGCGACGUCCCACCACCUGAUUUAACCAAAAUAUGUAGAAAAUUGGUUCAGAGUCACUUUUGUUUGGAGUUAGAGUUAUCUCGGUGUUCGCUGACCGACAAAGCCAUUGAGACUCUCCUCAAAGUGUUGCCAAAAAUGACGUCACUGAAGAGACUCAAUGUCAGCCAUAGCAUCACAUCUGCAACCAGUGCUGUCACGCUGGUCAGCUGUUUGACUGACAGUCAGCGAGUAACAUCAGUGGAGCUCAGCCCUGAGAGUGAAUCCUUCAUCAAUUUUGAUGCAGUGAAAGCAGAACAAGUGAGCUGCAGGUUAAUUAAUUUCUGCCUAAAGAGUGACAACUUGAAGAAACUGCUUGAGAUCCUGCAGCGGGGUCCCCAGCUGUCAGAUCUUGAUUUGUCAAGUAACCAACUGGAAGAUGAAGGCAUUAGAUUCUUUGUGAAUUCUCUACAAAGGCUAAAAAUCAGCACAUAUGUCAAUCUCAGUAACAACAGACUGACCCAGCAGGGGCUGCUAGAUGUGGCCAGCACACUGAGCACCUAUGCUAAUGUCUCUGCUGUAGAACUCAGUUUGGGAGAAGAAGAGCGGUGUCUCAUCUGGUUCAGACAAAAUGACAGUUGUGAAAAAACUCUGAGUAUCAAGGAGGGCAGUUUGAGGGAGGACCAUGUAAUCAGGUUAGCAGAGAUUGUGUCCAGUUGUCCCCAUCUGGCCAAAGUGGAGUUAAAACACAGUUUGCUGCAGCUGACUGAAGAUCUUGCACAUCUGCUGAGCUGCAGUCAAAGUGGAUGUGUUUUCAGUAUCGAGGAGAGCUGGAUCAGAGCUGAGGAAGCGCUCCGAUUAGUGCGGCGCUGUCUGGAACUCAGCAGCAACCUGCAAACUGUCAGGAUUCACCAGAACACACUCCACCUGUCUCUGAUGGAGUCCACUGAACUGACGUCAGUUAGUGGUGACUCCGGAGCCGCAGCUCAAUCGAGGGUCACACAGAAAAUAGGCCUUGUGGACUGUGGAGUAGACGGGCAGCAGUUUGCAUCUAUAGGGAGCAUCAUCCACAGUUGUCCUUUACUGACAGAACUGGAUUUAUCGCACAACAGCCUUGGUACGGAGGGAGCCGAGUUCCUCUGUUCAGUUCUUCCCUGCUUGCCAAAUCUGACUUCACUCAGUAUUGCUUCCAAAGAGAGUACUACGACUGUGGUUGAGAGGUUGUCAGAAGCCUUCCUGCAGUCUAACUCCAUCCAGCACUUGAAUCUAUCGGGUCACGGAAUCAGUGACACGGCAGCUCAGAACAUGAGCAGGUUGUUGCCCCACCUACGAUCACUCAAUCUUUCCCACUGUGUAUGCUACAUGUCUGGAGCGCUGCAGUUAAUUGAAGCACUGGGACUGUGUGUUAUUCUUGAAGACCUGUGUUUGGAUUGUGUGCCCCUGAAAGAGGAAAGCAGGGCAGGUCUGGCACAAGCUCUGAGGAAAAUCAACUCCAUACGCCGUCUCAGGCUGAAUGAGAUUGUCACAGCAGUGGAUCAAUCAGAAUCCAAGAGCGUGCUGGAUCUCCUUGCUGCCAUGGAGGGACACACACAUUUAGAGGAGAUUGAGCUGGAGGGCUGGAGGUUGGCUGACAGAGGAAUAGAAGAGCUGAACAGACUCAUUCCUAACUGGAAGGAGCUCAGGAAGAUCAGGCUUUCAAAGAACCUAAUCAGCGACCAAUCAGGAGAGAAGCUGCUCGACGCUUUGAAAGGCUGUAGGCACCUGGAGGAGCUCUGUCUGUCCAGUAACGCUCUGGGUGACCUUACGGCUGCCAGGAUGUCCCUCGUUCUCCCGUCACUGGCACAUUUCACUGUGUUAGACAUUUCGCUCAAUCGUAUUGGGCGUGAAGGGUCUGUUAGUCUUUCCAAAGCAAUAAUGUGCAUGAAGAACUUCAAAAAGAUUAACCUGACCUCUGUUGGGACUUCAGAGCUUGGUGCUGUUGCUGCCAGUCUGGUUCACUGCCCCCUCAUGCAGGAAGUUGGUCUGGGCUGGAAUAACUGCCGUGAUGAAGUGGCACUGGAAGUGGCCAGGGUUUUGCCUGCCUGUCGCAUGCUGACCCGGAUAGAUCUGGAGUGCAACAGCUUGAGUAUUUGUGGAGCGGAGGCUCUGCUUAAAGCCUUAAGGUUUUGCCCUGCUCUGCAACUGAUCAGACUGUGGAAGAACAAAAUCUCUGAGGGUGACGUCUAUAAGCUCGGUCUGAGGGACCGGAGGAUGAAUUUCUCUUCCACCUAAUAUGAUCUGCACAGCGGGACAGUGCAGAAGCACCAUUCCAGUUCAUCAGCGUCGGCAGAGAUGAUCAGUCCAGUGCUUCUUCUGCGCACAUGAAAUUUCUUUUUGAUUUUCAAAAAGAGCUGUACAGUUUGAAUAGCUUUGAUAGAAGAAAGAAUGUAUUUUUGAGACUUUAAAUUGCUGAAUGUGCACUGAUUGGCCUUUAGUUUCACAAAGCAGGAAACAGAUGGGACCGACUGAAAACAUUUUUUUGUCCGGCCCAUGAGGGAUACAGUUUUUAACCUGAAGUACCAGCUGAGCUUGGGCAGUUGUUCCUCUUUUGGAGGGCGUCUCAUACAGACAAGCCUCUGUUGGCACACCUCAGCUAGAUCUUCCUUGUGGGAAUCCAAAACAUUAAAUUUCUACACAUUUUACUUCCAUCACCCCCCCCCCCAAACUCCAAUAUUGUGAUAUGUCCCAACAGCAGACAACAACACAAAAGUGCUGCUGUUUUGAAACCAUCACCAAAUACAUAACCAUGAUUCUUUCACACAGGUCACAGACCAGCCACCUGCUUCCAGUUUGAUCAGUGUGGAAGGGAGAACACAUGCACGCACACACACACACACACACACACACACACACACACACACACACACACACACACACACAGCAGGCCCCGCCAAAGCUUGAGUGCUCAGUUCUAUGGGACUCACGGAUAAUGGUAUUCUGUUAUAAUGGGGCUAAAAAUGUUACCAUAUGAGGGUCGUUUCAAACAAGUUACAAUAAAGUUAGUAAAAGUCACAAAGUACAGUUUAGAAAAAAAAGAUUAUACUAACUUAAGUAUGCACUUAAAAAAGUGUGAAAUCACUAAAACCGUGUCGAGCUCCAUCUUUCAGUGCGCGCACCAUCACUGCUCUUCACACCGACCCAAACUGCUGUGAAAACAAAGGCCAAUGUUGUGUUAUUUUCCUGUGUGGAAACAAUGACUGUAUGCUUGCAUACUCUGAUGAGUCACUUUGCACUGUAGCGUGUUUACAAUAAUUAGGGGCCACAUUACUGAAAACACAAGAAAUCAUGAACUCACAGUAAAAGCAAAAAAAAGAGUUAUACGCUCUUAUGGUCAUUCUAGGUUGUGGUCUCUAACCAAUGUGCGUAUUUAUUACAGCUGUUUAUCAGUGAAGGACACAAGAUAUUGUUUUUAUUUAUUGAACAGGCGUUACUUUGUAAUUUGCUGAUGCUGUGUUGAUGCCCCCUGCUCUGAAUCUAAUGCAGUUCUUAGUCUGUAUGUAUUUGUUCAAUUUUUUCCAUUUUUAUUUUGAGCUUUGCAGAGGGGUUUAUGUAAGGUUGUGAUUUGAGUUCUCACCAAACAAUUUCCUGUAUUCUUGACAUUCAUUGACUUGCAUUGAGAUGUCACCUGAUGCUUAUAAAAAAUUACUUUCCAUCUGUAUUUUUUUAAAAAUGGCUAGCUGCUUAACAAAGAAUGUGUUGUGGAUGUCUCAUUUUUUAUUUAUGUUCUCUU